UGAUUCUGAAUUUAGGUUGUAAUGGGAAAACCCAUCCAUCCGAAGCGACCGACCGAAUGAUCAACCCCAGGCAAAAUUCCGCACGCCCAUCCUCGUUCUUCCCCUCCAGCAGCCGCCUCCUCUUUCGGAGCGGAGCCCCAUCGUCGAUCUUCUCCUCGGUGUCGAACUCCCGGUUUCGCUCGAUCGGCAAAGAUAGCAGAGAAGGCAACGACGAGAUCAGCGUACAAAUAACUCCAUAUUUCACAGCCUUUCGUUGCUUUCCCGCUCGAAAAGAUCGAGGAAGUAUCUGCUUUCUCUGCAGGUGUUUCUUGCUGCGGCUUCUGGAUAAUUGAUAACUUAUUCCGCUCUUUAUUUGAGGGCAACAAACUAUUGUUGUCAAAAUCUGAGUUUUAGUAAAAAAAAAAUUAUUGUAAUGAAAUCUGGCAGAAAGAACCUCAGAAAGGCUUCUGUAGAAGAUGGCAUUUCUCUUCAAGAAGGCCAAAGCAUCAUGCAGGUUGUGUCACUUCGGGGAUCCAAUGUAAUUGAGGUUAUGGAUGCUGAAGGUGUAAAAUCUCUGGCUUUAUUUCCAGCUAAAUUUCAAAGAAGCUUCUGGAUUAAAACAGGAAAUUUUGUGAUUGUGGACGAAGGUGGAAGGGAAAAGGCCCUGGAAUCUGGAGAGAAAAUUGCAUGUAUUGUUUCUCAAGUUCUCUUUCAUGCACAAGUUCGUUCUCUUGAAAAAUCACCUGACUGGCCUGCAAACUUUAAAAACGCAAGACCAGUGGAAUCACAGACUUUCCAACUUCAGCCAGAGUUGGUUCUAAAUUCUGAUAGUGACGAGGACCUUCCACCACUUGAAGCAAAUUUGAACAGGCGGAGACCUGUUGACAUAUAUUCAGAUUCUGCUUCUGAUUCUGAUCACCAUUCUUAAGACCUUGGUGGUACAAACAAGAUGAUGAAUCCCACAAUGUUGAAGGCUUUAUAUAUAGAUAUUUGGAGGACUAGCGAUAUGGCUGAGAUCAUUAAACUAGGUUGAUUGUAAUUGCAACUCCUGUAUUUACCCGGUUGGCAGGUCCUACCAAUUGUCUGAUAGAAUUGGAUUCCAUUCCGUGUAAUUUGAAAAUUGAUGUGGCUUUGUUAUGAUUAUAUCAGAUUUUGAUUUUGAUUA